UUCCGAUUCUAAUUCGUCCACGAAAAAUUCGAUCAUAAACGAAAUCCGAUUAUAUCAAUUUCCCCCCUUCUACAAACCCUAACAAAAAUUUGCAUCGAAUCCCCAAUUUCUUUCUAUUCAAUUAAAUAAUGAGCACAAUUAGGACUGCAACACCUUCAACUACGCAAACACUAACCCUAGAAACAACUUCAUUGUCAAAUCAACAACAACAAGAAACCGUAGUUCUUCGUCUUAAUCGCAAGAAGAAGAAGGUUUCGUGGAAAGAAGGUACAAUAAACAACGAAUUUAUGAACAAAAAGAGUUCGAAAAAAUGCUGUAUUUUUCACAAGGAGAAAUCGUUUGACGAAGAUACUAGUGACGAUGAAGAUCAUGGUGAUAAAUCUGAUUCUGAAAAACAUAAACAUGAUCAUGAUUGUUGUUCGCAUGAAGCUGGUUCGAGUAGUAGCGUCGCCAAUUGAUCAAUGAAAUUGAAAUUGUUUUGUUGCUGUUUCUGAUUGCUGUAAAGGUCAGAAUUUGACGACUGUACUGAUCAAAAAUUAAGUGAUAUCGUUGUUCGUCAAUGAAUGAUUAACGUAGUUGGAUGAUUUGUGCUGUUUUGAUUCAUCUUAUAUCAUAACAAUAUAGCUUUUGAGCAUAUAGUAAUUGAGAUGGUAUGUAAAAUUGGUCAUGACUUUAUAUUAAGUAAUACAUUUUCUUGUGCAA